AAUUCCAAUCUAUUUUAUCUGGCAACACUACUUGUUAGGUAUUUAUAUAGUAUUUAUCUAAAAAUAUUAUUAAUUUUGCUUUAUUAAUUUCAUUUUCAAAGUAAUUUAAACUCUUUAAUUUUGUAAAAAAAUGUCAUUAUUUAAGUUAAAAUCUGCACCUACUAUAUUACUCGAAGACGACAGCAACAAGAACAUAUUACCAUUAUUAUUGGAUUUGGUGCAACAAGAUGGUAAUCCUCUUAUAUUCUUUGCAUAUGAACAGCCAAUUUGUUAUUGGAAAAACGUUUUUAAGGACCGAACCCACACUAUUUUCUACGAACAGUUAAAUACUCAUCAAUAUAAUGAAUAUAUAAACACGAAAUGCUGCGUUAUAAUAGAUUCUGUGAUACAAAUGUCACUAUGUUUAGGUUGGAAUGAAUGUUUAAAAUGUAUAAAAAGAUUAAUAUAUGAUAAUAACGUUAGCAAACUUAUAUUAGUAUUACACAAGGAUUGUCUUCCGCCUUCUUCGAAACUACAGAUCCAUUUAAAUCAUAUAGCGAGUGCAGUGGUUUCAUAUGACUUGACAGAGGUUAACAAAAUUAAAGUUCUUAUAAAGAAAGGAGGUAAAUGCCUAAAAAGUGAAGAAUUACUAAGUUAUGACGCGAAAACUAGAACAUUGAAGUGCACCCCAAUAGUGAAACAAGUUAUAAUUGAUGAUGAACCGGAGAAGCCUUCUCCAGGAAAUCUUUCUACAUUCAAAAUAGAAGUAGAUCAAACAGAGAAACUUGAAAAGUACAAAUUAAAGUUACCAUAUAUGAGUAAAAUAAAUGAAGGGGAAAGUAAAGUCUAUUAUGAGCCUGAUGCUGUUGAUGACUGGGACGAAGAAGAUCCAGAUGAAGAUUUAGAUAUAUAAUAAAUUUACUUACAUGCU